AGGAGGGGGAGGCGCACAUGCAUUGAGAGAAACACACACACACACACAUACUAGUACCGGCCACAUUUUCACAGCCUGCUCUUCAGACUGACAGCAGCACACGGAGUUGAGAGCCAGCACGACAGAGCGAGGGAGGAAGAGAAAGAGGACUGGAGACAAGGAAGGCAUCCAUAGAGGAGAGGGAAGAAGUGGAGACCUACACAGGAUUUGCCCCCUCUUUCUCCGUUAGAUCCCUGGGAGCCAUACAAGGAAUCUUCCCUGUACUCUUCUUGAGCUGAACUUGCUCUGCUAAAGGACCUGCACCCUGCUAUGGCAGCCCCGGUGGGACAUGGGAACAUUGUCUCCCUCUCAUCUUGCUCCUCUCAUCGCUGGACUACCCUCUUCUGGGUGCUGUUGACCCUUUUAAGCCAAGCCUGGGGCUUCAACCUGGAUACUACCCACACUCUGCAUAAGUUGGGAGACCACGGCACCUUUUUUGGUUUCUCUCUAGCACUUCACCAACAGCUUACCCCAGAGCCUCAGAGCUGGAUCCUGGUGGGGGCGCCGCAGGCAGCAGGGCAGGGCCCGUUGCGGGGCAGUCGACCCGGAGCCCUGUUCAGGUGUCCAAUCACACCAGAGGAGUAUGACUGUGAAAGGGUGGAUAUCGAUGGAGAAGUGAGUCUGGACAGAGAGAGCAAAGACAACCAGUGGUUGGGAGUUACUGUCAAAAGUCAGGGGAUCGGAGGGAAGGUGGUGACCUGCGCUCACUUGUAUGAGCUCAGGCAACGUGUAAAUCAACCUUCAGAGACUCGUGACCCCAUUGGACGAUGUUACAUCCUGAGUGACGACCUGACAGAGCGAGAUGACCUGGACGGAGGGGAGUGGAAGUUCUGCGAGGGUCGGCCACAGGGACACGAGCAGUUUGGUUUCUGUCAGCAGGGCCUGUCUGUCAGUUUCACCCCAGACAACAACUUCAUUCUGUUUGGCGCUCCAGGAACCUACAACUGGAAAGGUGAGAUGCGCGUCCAGCUCCUAAACCAGACUCUGCUUGACCUCGGUUUCUAUGACGACGGACCCUACGAGGUGGCAGAUCAGAAACAGCUUAAUGCUCAGCUCAUCCCUGUGCCUUACCACAGUUACCUGGGGUUUUCGGUGGACUCGGCCAUGGGGAUAAUGAGCCUUGGAGAGCUGACCUUUGUGGCAGGUGCACCCCGGGCCAAUCACACAGGGGCGGUGGUGCUGCUGAGGAAGGACAAUGUGUACCGGCUGGUGCCUCAGCACAUUUUCUGGGGGGAGGAGCUGGCAUCUUCAUUUGGGUACUCGGUAGCUACAACGGACCUCAACAGGGACGGCUGGACAGAUCUGAUUGUUGGAGCUCCUAACUUUUUUGACCGUAAGGCAGAGAUUGGUGGAGCUGUUUAUGUGUACUUGAAUCCCUUUGGUCACUGGGACGAUCAGGCUCGGCCAAUCCGUCUCAAUGGGACAUAUGACUCCAUGUUUGGGAUGACGGUCAGCAACAUCGGAGACUUGGACCAGGAUGGAUACGGAGAUAUUGCAGUGGGAGCACCAUUUGAUGGAGAUGGCAAAGUUUUCAUUUACAGAGGCUCAGAUGCUGGAAUUGAGACAAAACCUGCUCAGGUGUUGGACGGUCGUGACUUUGAUGUGAGACGUUUCGGAUACUCCAUCUCAGGUGGUCUGGAUAUUGACAAUAACCAUUAUCCGGACAUUGCAGUGGGCUCCCUUAAUGAUUCAGUUGUUCUCCUCAGGUCUCGUCCAGUCAUUCAUGUGAUCAGAGAUAUAUCCAUUGACCCUCAAAACAUUGAUCUGGAGCAGUACAACUGCAAGGGGAGAGAUGGCGUCUGCGUGGAGGUCAAGGCCUGCUUCAUCUUCACAGCCCACCCAGAACACUACUCACCACACAUUACUCUGGUGGUGCACUUUGAAGCUGACACCGAGCGCAGGAAGUUGGGCCUCCCGCACCGCAUAAACUUCCUGGGCCGCAGUUCACUAGAGCCGGAGUAUACUCAGACGGAGGAAGUGGAGCUGCAUCGGCAGCUUCACCCCGUCUGCACCACCGCCGUCUUCCAACUCCAUGAGAACAUCCGUGACAAACUGCGGCCCAUCUCAUUGGCAAUAACCCAUACCAUCAAGCCCGUGCCACCACGCAGACACUCAGGUGCCAAGAGGCUGGAGAAGCUGGCGCCUGUACUGAAUGUUUCUCCCUCUAAUACGCUGCAUUCUGAGGUGGACUUCCUGCGAGAAGGAUGUGGCAACGAUAAAAUCUGCCAGAGCAACCUGAAGCUGAGCUACCAAUUUGGAACACGACCCCUGACCUCCGACCUCUUCACCCCUCUGCCAAAAGAUGAGGACGACGUGCAGGUGUUCUCCCUGUCAGACCAGCGGCUGGUGGUGCUGGAGAUCACCGUCACCAACAUGCCCUCUGACCCCCUUCACCCUGAGGAGGACGGAGAUGACGCCCAUGCUGCUCAGCUGCUUAUCUCUCUUCCAAACACACUGUCGUAUGCAGGCUCCAGGAUCCCACCACAGAUGAGAUGCCAAGCGAACAAGAAUGGCUCGCAAGUUGAAUGUGACCUGGGAAACCCCGUCAAACGAGAUACUAAGCUGAAAUUCUCCAUCAACUUGAGCACAUCCAACAUCACCAUUGAGACCACUGAGCUGACAGCAGGUCUCUUACUGACAACCAUCAGUGAGCAGCCUGAACUGGCCCCAGUCACAGCGUUUGCUAAAGUUGUGAUCGAGCUCCCUCUGUCUGUCAUUGGGCUUGCUCGUCCUCACCAGCUGUUCUUCAGCGGGACGGUUAGGGGAGAGAGUGCCAUGACUAGUCUGGAGGACAUCGGCAGCCCCGUGGAUUUUGAGUUUGUGGUGGCUAAUCCUGGACAAGCACUGCAGACCCUCGGCUCGGCCUUCUUAAACGUCAUGUGGCCUUACGAGCUGGCCAAUGAGAAAUGGCUCCUGUACCCUGCCAGCCUGACGUUUGAGGGUCAACCAGACACACGCUGCACCCCCACGGGGGCCUUGAAUCCUCUAAAGCUACAGAGCUCCUCGCCUGCAGAGCUUCCACUGUCUGUCAAUCACAGCGCCGGGAGAGCACGCCGCUCCCACCCAGAGGACGAAGGUGAAGUGAUGGCAAAAGGCAGCGUGGGACGAACCACCCCAGCUGUAGCAGCUUCAGAGAGACGCAAGUCGCUCAAACUGGAUUGUCUUUUGGGGUCAGCACGCUGUGUCCUGAUCCAGUGUCCCCUCCACAGCUUCUCUGGUCAGGCUGUCCUCAAGAUCCAUGCUAGGUUGUGGAACAGCAGUUUCAUAGAGGAGUUCCCAGCAGUUAGUGCUCUGGAGCUGCUGGUCAGAGCCAACAUCACUGUCAAGUCCAGCAUCAAGCACCUGGUCCUCAAGGACGCCGCUGCACAGGUUCCAGUGAUGAUCUACCCUGAACCUGGUCUGGCUGACCAGUACUGGAUCCCCUGGUGGAUCAUCCUCAUAGCCAUACUGGCAGGCAUCCUGCUGCUGACUCUACUGGUCUGCAUACUGUGGAAGUGUGGCUUCUUCCAACGGGCCCACUACAAAGACAAACUGCCUCAGUACCACGCAGUGAAGAUACCUCGCCAGGACCGGCCACAGUUCCAGACUGAGAAGUCAGGAGUUGUCCAUAAAAAGGAAUGGGCCACGCACUGGAGCGACGGGACCUCGUAACUCGUUUUGAAGACCUGACUGACUGAAUUAAUUCAAAUCACCACAUGUGGCACUCAUUCUGUCUUUGCAUUGGAACUAACGGACUAAAAAAAACGUGCACAUUGACUUAGAUCAUGAAACCUUGUGCAAACUGUACUGCGUCAGUACUUGCAUAUUGGUGGCCUGUUAGACUGUGACUGGAUCGAUAUUCUCCCAUACUGUAGCCCACUAAUGGCUGGCUUUGGAUGUUCUAUUUAUACUGUGCAUCUUUAUCAGUGCUUUACAGUAAAUACCGAAGAACCAUUCAAGCUGCUCAGUAUGUUUCACAGCCUGCACAGGGAGCACUGAUGCUCACUGUCUGUCAUCAGUUCUGACUGGCACAGCAAAGGACAACAGAAAAUCAUAUUGCAAAGACAUGCAUGAAUGCACUAAAGUACAGUAUAAUAUUAGACGCACACAGACACACUGGACAUUGCUGAUGAAGAAGCCACUGCCCAUGACAAAGACUACUUUUUUGCCUUAACUACUGUAAGACUGACGACGCAUAUGGGCAAUAAAAAAAUGCAUUUUUUAAUAUAAAAAUUAGGAUGUUUUGGGAUUUACUUUUAUUUAGCACUGGUAAACAAUGGGAAAAUGUCAGUAUGCUAGAUAUCUGUUGCAGGGCACUGAACGUGUUGUUUUCUGGGCUUGCUGAUUGCCUCAGGCUGGCUGAAAUAGCCAAUAAAUAAAUUCACCUGAUUGGUUUUUGUAUAUCCUUGUUCAAGGAAAAGAAAGCCCUCUAAAUGAGGAGCCUCUUCAUUUAGUAUCUUUUUCAUUUUUUGUUAAUGUGUCACUCAAAUGGACCGAUAGUUGAUUGCCUGAGCGUACUUGAAUAUGAACCAGAAAACCACAAUACAGCCUAUAAUAGCAAUGGCUGUAGCACUGUUGUCGCAUGAAAACCAAAUGUGGCGGAAGAGUGAAGCAACAUUUAAAAUGUGGUCAGGUUUAGCAUUAAAAUUUCUGAAUCAAACAUUGAUCUUUGAAUGGAUGUCCUGGCUGAUAAGAGCAUUCAUUUUCCCGGUGUGUGAAAUUAUAAUGUGUGAACCGUACUCUAUUCUCAAAUCAAACCCAAUACUAUGAUGUAUGACUGAAUUUGACACAUUUAGAUCAUGAGGUUUUCAAGUUACACCAUUAUUUUGUUUUGUACUGAUAUGGAAAGAAAUGUUUCAAUAGGAGAGAUCGUGACCUUUGUAUAAAUACUGUCGUUUCCAAAUUGUUUCAUUUAAAGUGUAUUAAUCUGCUCGCAGCACUGUUCCUGGUAAUGUAUUCAAGUCAUAUCAGUCAGGGUAAGAUUCUACAUUCAAGUCAGUACUGACAUUUCUAAUUGCAUACAAGUGCCUUAUGGUAAAAGUGGCAGAUUGCGAGCUACUGGUUAAGAACACAAGGCUACUGCAAAUUAGAUCACGCUGCCCUGAAGCAUCUGUUGGACAUCUGUGGACAAAAAAAAAA